AUUCCAGCCGGCGAUGUCACUGUAGCUCAUCUGAGAGAGGGCUGAACCGACCAGCCGCCCAUCUCACACUGGACAGCAGUAGCUUGCACCUGCUGCCUCACCAACUUGACAGAAGACAGUAGAAGCCAAUGUUGUCAGGUUGGAUAUGAGAUGGGUCGACUAAUAAAAUAGCCAGCGACGGAUAAGUGAGCUUUACAGGAUAAGAUGCAAAGAGGCAGUCGGAUGAAGUGAGGGACGAUUGUGAGCGGGUUCUGUAGCUACUUACUCAACAUGGGAAUCUGCUGUGGAAUUACAAGUUGAUUCACUGCUGACCAAGUGCUACCGCUGGACGGAGAGAGAGACCAGACCGCCGGGGCCGAAGGGGUCAUAGAGAGGAGUCUAUAGGAGGAAGUGGACCCAGCCCAGUCUGUUUCCACUGGGUCAUCGCAGAGGAAAACACUUCCCAUUGGACAGCUGAUCACAGACAACUUGGUGGGACAACAGUGCACUCUACUGUCGGAGUGUUUUCUGAAAAGGACGGUGCGUACAGGAGAGCGGACCUUCUUUCUCAGAACCAGGGGAAGCUCGCCUCCUCCACCCCUCAUGAGCUGAUUCUAGUGAGCUGAGACCAAAGCAAACCCACGAUCAGACUGGAUCACAGCCAAACCAGGCAGAGAAUCCACCUCAGCCCAGACCUCCGUCUUCAGUGAGCUCUGAGGAGCCAUUGAGUGGUCUGUGUGACAACAGAGAGACCUGAAGAUACUACACCGCUACACCAAUAGUCUCUCCGAGGGUGGGGUUCUCUCCCCAGCGCCAUGUACUCCCCUCAGAGUCUCCACCGGUGGGGCAUCACCCACAGUGAGAGCAUGGAGCGACUGGCCUACAGCCAGGCCCUUCGGGACCCCAUGGCCAUGGAGCGGGCCAACCUGCUGAACAUGGCCAAGCUCAGCAUCAAGGGGCUCAUCGAGUCGGCGCUGAGCUUCGGGAGAACGCUGGACUCGGACUACCCGCCGCUGCAGCAGUUCUUCGUCGUCAUGGAGCACUGCCUCAAACACGGCCUCCGAGUAAAGAAGUCCUUCCUGGGUUUCAACAAGUCUCUGUGGGGUCCACUGGAGCUGGUGGAGAAGCUGUGUCCCGAGGCAGCCGAGAUCUCCGCCUCCGUACGGGACCUCCCCGGCCUCAAGACCCCAUUAGGCAGAGCGCGCGCCUGGCUGCGCCUGGCGCUCAUGCAGAAGAGACUAGCGGACUACUUAAGACUCCUUAUUACCAGGAAAGACCUGCUGAGUGACUUCUACGAGAGCUCCGCUGUGUUGUUGGAGGAGGAGGGAGCCGUCAUCGUGGGCCUGCUCGUGGGACUGAACGUCAUCGACGCCAACCUCUGUGUGAAGGGAGAGGAUCUGGAUUCCCAGGUCGGGGUGAUAGACUUCUCCAUGUACCUGAAGAAUGACAUUGAUGACUACAGGAGCGAAGAGAGGAACAGUCAGAUAGCCUCCAUCUUGGAUCAGAAGAACUAUGUGGAGGAGUUGAACAGACAACUUAACUCCACAGUCAAUGGUCUUCAGGGCAGAGUGGACAAUCUGGAGAAGUCGAACACUAAGCUCAUAGAGGAGUUGGCGAUAGCCAAGAACAACAUCAUCAAACUACAGGAGGAAAAUCAACAGCUAAGAAGUGAAAACAGCCUAAUUUUACUAAAAGCAAAACAACAUUUAGAGCUGACGCAGGGCGAUGUGACCGUGGAAAGGGACACAUACAAACAGUCCCGCCAGGGUCUGGACGAGAUGUACAACGAAGCCCAGAGACAACUGAAGGAGGAGUGCCAGCUCAGACAGGAUGUGGAGAACGAGCUGGUGGUGCAGGUGUCCAUGAAACAGGAAAUGGAACUGGCUAUGAAACUUCUUGAGAAGGACAUCCACGAGAAACAGGAUACUCUCAUCGGGUUGAGACACCAGCUGGAUGAGGUCAAGACUAUCAAUGUAGAGAUGUACCAAAAGAUGCAGACCUCCGAUGACGGGAUGCAGCAGAAGAACGACAUGAUUCAUAGACUGGAGGAGAAGACCAAUCAGAUCUCUGCCACCAUGAAGCAGCUGGAGCAAAGAUUACAGGAGGCAGAGAGACACCGGCUGUCGGCGGAGGAGGGCGCCCGGAGGUUCAAGGCGGACUUCGCUAACAAGGCAGACAGCAUGCAGCGGCAGAUCCAACAGCGAGAACGACAACUCCAACAGCUGGAGACAGACUUAAAGAUCGAGAAGGAGUGGCGGCAGACAUUACAGAACGAUCUGGAGAGGGAGAGGGACAGCGUGUCACAGCUCAGCGCACAGGCCCUGCAGAUCGGCGGUCUGAAGCAGGAGUUUCAUCGUCUCCAUGAUGAGAACGUUCAGCUGAAGAGCAUCUGUGAAGACCAGGAACAAGCUCUGGAGGAGCUGGGCUCUAAACUGAGCGAGUCCAAGCUGAAGAUUGAAGACAUCAAAGACGCCAACAAAGCCCUUCAGGGGGGACAGGUGUGGCUGAAGGACAAGGAUGCAAGCCACUGUAAGCUGUGUGAGAAAGAAUUCUCCAUCUCCAGAAGGAAGCAUCACUGUAGAAACUGCGGGGAGAUAUUCUGCAACAGCUGCUCGGACAACGAGCUUCCACUUCCCGCCUCCCCUAAACCAGUCAGAGUCUGCGACACCUGCCACGCCCUCCUCCUGCAGCGCUGCUCCUCCAAUCCUACGUAAAGACGGGACAUCUCUUGACACUCCUCCAAUCGUAUUGAGCAUCAGGUGCCUAAGAACCCGCCCUCCAGUGUGUAUCUUCCAAUCAGAUGUCAGGUGGUCCACAUCCCUGUAAUCUCAGUCUACUGUAUGUGCUGCUAGAAAUCAACGAAGCAUGGAAAGGUUGAACCCUGUCGAUAAUAUAUAAUCAGUUAUAACAAAUGCUGUCACACCUGCGUCAUGUAUUGCUUCAUAGUUUGUAGCGUCUGUUUUCUUUAUUUUUACAAGGGCCAAAUUUUUCACUUUCAGUCACUCGGGCAAAGACAACAAAGGAUUGUGCAUCGUAGACCGAGAGAACCAAAUAACAAUCAAUUCAAGUUGAGAUAUGUUUGAAUUCAAUUCAGCUCUAUAGAAGUCAUGAUACUUAUUACUAUACGUUAUUAGAAGGCUUAUUUUCUACUGGUUUAAUCAUUGAACUCAACCAUGACGAUGGAUAAAAGUAUUGAAUGUCCACGACUGCCUAUGUCUGUUUGGUUUAUGACAAAAACACUUUCAAAUCCUGACUUUCUGCUGUCAGCAUCUAGGUUGCUGUGUAACUUGCUCAAACCUAUGAUGUGAGCCAUUGCUAGACAUUAUCUCCUCAAUACAGCUGCUGGCCCCUUUUCAAAGCGAUGACUGAUUCUACAUCAGAUGUUUAUCUUGAGUAACUACCUCCAAAGUAGUUUACAUAGUACUGUAAAUGUGCCAGAGUACAUAUGUACACAAAUAAACAGUAUAUAUUAGAACUGUUAUAGUAAAGGAUGGCAAGGUAGCACAUGGACCAGUGCCUGGGCUCAGUCACCAAUGAGAUGUCGGCUGGGAUCGCCCCAGCACCAAACAGGAGUAAGAAGCUAUACAUGGAUGGAUGAUGGAGUAUAGACUGCCUCGUUAUACAAACCUCUAUAUGAUAUGAUUAGCGUCAACUUCCCUGAGCACUGAAUAUCUGAAAAGACUGAUUUGCCUGCCCUUGUUUUCAAGUGGCAGGAAUGAGUACAGAGUAAUGAGAUGUAAACUUGAAAAACAUUUGUGUUGACUAAAAGGAGCUUUAAUCAGCAAUAGAAAUAUAUAGAGAACCUCUUACAGAAGACUCGACUAUAGAUAGAACCCCCACACUCGCGUCCCAGGAAUACAAUCCUGUUUCAGCUAGGACUACAGUCCCCCGCCACCAUCAAGGUGAUGGUUUGUGAGUGGAGGCCACUGCCGAGGAGAUGAGCUGCUUGUGGGACAUCUUCUUGGUGAGGAACAGUACAUUGGUUGUCAUAGGGGUUGCUACACCAUGUGUGUGUGUGUGUGUUGAGACUCCUCCAUGACUGUUGUUGGUAUUCUCUGGUCAGCUUCAGUUCAUUUCAACCCAAACUAGUCAAUAUUUUGAAAAGUAAAUGCCAAAAUUAGCCUAGUGAUUCAUCAUUGUUUGUUGUGUAAAUGUCAAACAUUUCCUUACUUUUCACUUGCGUUUGUUCGGUUUCUUACGCAUUCUGACACUAAAUAUUUAUUUGAUCCUUGCCAAACAACUUCAUUGACUUCAUGAAUGGAUUAUUGCCUUCAAGCCAACUUGGUAUUUAUUAUUACAGCUAUUCAAGAAGGAAAUAGGUCAAAUAGCCAGUUUUUUUAGAAUAAAUUAGCUUAUUUGUUUAAUGAAAGAAUGAUUAUACAAAUUUGAGUGUAUGGUUGAUUUUUGUAAAUUCUAAUAUAAAUCAUAUCAUUUUAGUUUAAAUACUGACCGACCUUUACCACUUUGUCCUUACUGUAUGAAUAAUCAUUUGAUUAAUAAUUUGCUGGCAAAAACGUAUUUCUUACAAUUCAAGAAAUGGUUUGGAUCUACAAAUGUAACUCUGCACAUAAUUGAGUAAUUAAAUUGAUAAAUCUG